UUCUGAUCGUACCGUAUUUUUUGAGACCCCUGUUAGCAGCAUCGAUUCAGGAUGACCUCUGUACGUAUAUGCGUAUUUGAUUUAUUGAUCACGUACUUUAAAAGACGGAAAACACGCCGUAUUUUCCUUUUAUAUUCAAUUGAAAAAUUAUCCUUGUCCAGUCAGCUAGGCAUACUUAGGUACCUAGCUAUCUGGGGAGGCAGUGCAAUUAGACAAUACGGCGUAUAUGCCCUUGAGUGGGACUCUACUGCGCCUCAAGCUUCAGCUGCAACUACAACUAGCCCUACGAAUUUACGGCGUAUCUUCAACGGCAAAUUAUAAUGGACUUUCUAACGUCGAAGGACUAUGAGCAGUCAUCUUCUAAUGCUCAGCCUGACGAUCGGUGAUCAUUAUAAUUUAAACUAAUAUUUGAGGUUCAGUCUUCAUUCAUCAUCAACCGAGCCUGCGGAAAGAUCGAUAAUAAGCGACAAUGAGUUCUCUUCGAAACACAAUACUGCUUUCCUUCAUUAGUUUGUCCCUUGCCCAAUCGUAUGAGACUUUGAGACUGCAGUGGGGACCAUGCAACAAGACUGAAGUCCCUAGCGAUGUUCCAGUACAAUGCAGCACUUUACUCGUCCCACUUGACUACACUGAGAAGGAUUCCAACGAGACUCUACAACUUGAUCUUGUCAAAGUCAUCGCACCUGUACAACCCUCCAAGGGAAGUAUUCUCUUCAACUUCGGAGGGCCCGGCGGUACGGCACGGAAUGAAAUAGGGGUUACUCCUAUAGCACAGGAAUUGCUAGCACUUACCGGCCGCCAAUAUGAUCUUGUUGCGUUCGAUCCACGUGGUACUGCGGGCUCUAAAAUACCUAUGAGAUGUUAUGACAAUGAAUUUGAGGCCUGGUCACUGUUCUUCGACCUGAAUCCUUCCAAUAAGUCCGACGUGGAAUUAGGAAACAACUGGGCCCGCGGGAAAAUGGUCGCCGAAACCUGUCUUAAGUCACAAAAUAAAACAGGCAGUCUCAUUAGCUCGGCAUUCACAGCAAGAGAUAUGAUGCAAGUUGUGGAUGCACUCGGCGAGGACGGGUUACUGCGGUAUUGGGGAUUCUCAUACGGCACUACGCUUGGGGCAACUAUUGCUGCGAUGUUCCCAGACAGAAUCGAGCGAAUGAUUCUUGACGGUGUGCAAAAUCCUCACGAGUAUUAUCAUGCACAGGCCGACUUUCAGGAGUGGACAGACUCAGACAAAGUCUUUUCGUCUAUUUUCACCGGCUGCGUAGCAAAUCGCGAGAACUGUGCUUUAGCCAAAGGUAACAACAAGACAGCUGAUGAGCUUGAGCAAGCCGUUUGGGAUCUCCUAGACACCGUCAAGUACAACCCGAUCGCUCUUAGAAGUUACAAAGUCGACUACAGCACAUUGAAGGGUAUCAUAGUGCAGGAUCUUUACGACAGUGCCCAGUGGCCCGGUUUAGCGGUAUUGCUUAACUAUAUUUUUACGGAGCAGUUCGACGUACUCCAGGAUAUGCUAGAUGCGUUGAACGCGACGCAGAUUACCGACAUCUUCGCGACGAUCCAACAACCGCUAUCUCUAGCCGGGAUACACUGCAGCGAUAACAUGGUUCGAACUGAGAAGUUCGAAGACUUUCUGCCGGCUGUCCAGCACAUGUAUAACACAAGCAGGAUUAUCGGUGACGCUUUGGUGAACCUGUAUUCUUCCUGUGCGCAAUGGAAGAUCGAGCCGAAGGAGCGAUACACAGGAGACUUCAACGUGAAGACCAAGAAUCCGGUUCUAUUCAUCGGCAAUAGUGAUGAUGCUCUCACGCCGCUAGUCUCAGCAAAGAACGUCAGCGCUACAUUUGAGGGAAGUGUUGUCCUAGAGGUUAUUGGUUACGGUCACUCCUCAUUGGCUGCACCUUCUGCCUGUACCAUUAGAACGACCUCGGCCUAUUGGGCAAACGGUACCCUCCCUCCUGAAGGAAAGGUCUGUGAGUUGGAUGCUCCGCUCUAUUCCGGCAUUACGUGGGAAGAUGUCAUCGACAGUGUCUACGGCAACGGCACUUUUACUUCUACCAAACGAGAUGUUUCUUCUUGGUCCAAGAUAGGGGCUGCUCUAACCCCACCUUUAAUCCUGAAUGGAAAGUUGGCUUAGAAGAUAUGGAGGUCAUUUACACGACCAUCUUCGCUAAUUGUAAGGAAUAACUUGGAGGACGCAUAUUAGGAUGUUGGGGUCACCACAUAGCAUUUCUAAUUUUUAGUAUAUGAUUGAAAUAACGGCAUCUCACUUCACCUAACCCAUCAUCACCAUCGUGUACUCCUACUUUUCUAGGUUUGGAAGCGCAUGCCACCUAGUCUACCUGAAUAAACAAUGUGAAAGCUUGAGA